UAAUGAGACUAAUUUAUUGUCCCCAAAUCUCUUCCACUUCUCAUUUUGCAUAAUAGUAACAAUAAUUAAAAAAACUCAACUACCAUGGCUACGAAGCAUGCUCUCUCCACCACCACCGCCGUGCCUGAAACUGCGUCGGUUAAAAUAACUCCGGAAAUGGACCCAAAAUCCGUUUCCGAGACUCAAAGUUUUGUUAAGUUUAUGGGUAGUGGCGCUCCCGUUCCUGAAAACUGCAACGCCAAUGGCUUCUUCGACUCUUUCCUUCGGAAUUUCAUCAAAGUCGAUCAAAUCCAACCUGGUCGAAUCUCUUGUACUCUUAUCGUCAAACCACCUAUCUGUAAUGCUUAUGGAACACUGCAUGGAGGGACUGUUGCGUCUUUGGUUGAGGUUUUGGCAAUUGCUUGUGCUAGAACUGUAGUUGCUGAGGACAAGCAACUUUUUCUUGGGGAAAUUAGCAUUUCCUACCUCUCUGCCACUCCUAUGGAUGAAGAAGUGGUAGCUAAUGCCUCUGUGGUGAAAAGUGGAAGAAAUUUGACUGUAGUUGCACUUGAAUUCAAAUUGAAGAAAACUGGGAAUUUGCUUUAUCUUAGUCAUGCUACCUUCUUUAACAUGCCCGUUUCCAGCUUAUGAUCACUUAUCCUUCUGAGGUUUUCUUUUCUUUUCAGUUUGGGGAAGUGAUUAUUAACCAUAAAAAAAAAAAAGCUAUGGACUUUGAGAAGUUUCAACCAUUGAAUCGAAAAGAUACAGAUGAACAAGUCAGAAGAAAGGUGUGAACAAAAUUAAUGUGAAAAAUAUGUAGUUAGUUCUCGUUUUUUUUUUAUUGAAUGUAAAGCAUUGAAUAUAUUUAAUGAAUUAUUUUUGUAGUAUAGAUUUGAUGGAUGUUGUAACAUAUCAAAGUUUUAAUAUGGGGGAUGAAUUUGAAAUAAUUCCAUAAAUCCCUCGUUGUUACAAAACUAUGUAUUUAUGCGUUAAUUGAGAAAAUUUUAUAUUCCA